CCACGCUCCUGAACCGGGUUAUUUUUUUUCCUCCAUGUAUUCUUUGUAACCCUAAUUCAUUUCUCCUUCAGCCGUUUCUCUAUCUUACCUCUCUCUCCUUUGUAAGAUGCUUCUCCUACAUCAGAUAUCUAUCCUUUUUUUCUACUCAUCUCCUUCAUCGCAAUGUACUAGCUAUUUGGAGGGUUUUCACACAAUCCAGAAGUCGACCUGCUGUCGCAGACUACCUCCUGAUCCUGUUCUUCAUUUGCAGGCUGUAGAGGAACCAGAGAAAGAGGUAUCGGAUGCAAAAAGAAGCAAGUCAGGUGAAGAAGGGAAUGGAAUUAAAAAAGAAAAGGAAGAGGGGAAUCUAAAACCUACAAAGGAAAAUGCGAAACCAGAGCCACCGAGGGAUUACAUUCAUGUUAGAGCGAGAAGGGGUCAAGCUACUGAUUGCCAUAGUCUUGCGGAAAGGGUCAGAAGAGAAAAAGAUCAGUGAGAGAAUGAAGUUCCUUCAAGAUCUUGUCCCUGGUUGUAACAAGUAGAUACGGAUCGUUUUACAAAUGGGUAUUAAAGGUGAGCUCCGAUAGCCUAUUACCUGCAAAUCCCGAAAUCCUUGAUGGAGUAGAUGACCUUAUGCAACUAAGUUAUCUAAACGAACCGUCAGUCUUGUACAAUCUUCAAAACAGAUAUGAUAGAGACAUGAUCUAUGUAAGUAUCUGCUAACAUUGUAAUAUUUAUUUAUCACAUUCUUGUAGUUACUUUAAUGCCGUGUGUUCUUAGCUGUUUCUUGCAUGUGUCAAUCUUUAUUUAUCACAUUCUGUUUUUGUUGGAACUUAUUGAAAUCUGAUAUCUUGAAUUAGUACAAGAUGUCAGAUCAAAUUACAAACUCUAGCGUUUCAGAAGAUAGCAAUUUUUU